AUGUCUCAGCAGGCUCAAUUGACAGAAAGCGACCAGCGCGAACUCGCCCAGUUUAUCCAAGUCGAAAAGGCUAGAGCGGAAAUUCAAGAAACCGUCCACACCUUGGCUGACACUUGCUGGGAUAAGUGCAUUUUCAAGGUUAACAACAAGAUGGAUCGCAGUGAGGAGACUUGUUUGGCCAACUGUGUCGAGCGUUUCCUCGACACCAGUCUUUUCAUUGUCAACCGCCUCGAGAGCAUGCGUGGUUCCGGCGUUUAA